GAUAACAGCUGGACCCAAUACUUAGAAACGCAGAAAGCUUCACGAACAAGACGAAGAAGAAGAAGCAAGCAAAUGACCCAACCACCAAGCUUCGCAUCUCACCAUCUUCAUCUCCGUCGCUUUUGCUUUCUCUCUUUACUCCACUGACCAAACCAGCCUUACAGUUCAGCAGAAUAGAACAGAGCUUUUAGAAUCCGAAGAAGACCUGAUUUUGGUUACUGGGUCUGUGUCUAUUGGUGGAGGGUUUGAGUUUGGUUAUGGAUUUUUGUAGAAUGCUUUGCUGUGGAAAGAGCUUCGAUCGGAAACAAAAAGGAAAGAAGCAACCAACAUGGAGGAUCUUUUCCUUGAAGGAACUGCAUGCGGCAACAAACAACUUUAAUUAUGACAACAAACUUGGAGAAGGAGGAUUUGGAAGUGUUUACUGGGGUCAGCUCUGGGAUGGAUCACAAAUUGCAGUCAAGAGGUUAAAGGUCUGGAGUAACAAAGCAGAGAUGGAAUUUGCAGUUGAGGUUGAGAUACUGGCACGAGUUAGGCAUAAGAAUCUGCUCAGUUUACGUGGGUAUUGUGCAGAAGGACAAGAGCGUUUAAUUGUAUAUGAUUACAUGCCAAAUUUGAGCUUGCUUUCUCAUCUUCAUGGUCAGCACUCAGCUGAAUGCCUUCUUGACUGGACUCGGCGGAUGAAUAUUGCAAUUGGGUCUGCUGAGGGAAUUGCCUAUCUUCACCACCAUGCAACCCCACAUAUAAUCCACAGAGACAUCAAAGCUAGCAAUGUGUUGGUAGACUCAGACUUCCAGGCUCAAGUUGCUGAUUUUGGUUUUGCAAAGUUAAUCCCUGAUGGUGCUACACAUGUGACCACAAGAGUUAAGGGUACCCUUGGCUACCUUGCACCUGAGUAUGCAAUGUUGGGGAAAGCAUCAGAGAGUUGUGAUGUCUACAGCUUUGGCAUUCUCCUACUAGAGCUUGCCAGUGGCAAGAAACCCAUUGAGAAACUGAGUGCAACAAUGAAACGCACUAUUACUGAUUGGGCACUGCCAUUGGCUUGCGAGAGGAAGUUUGAUGAAAUAGCAGAUCCCAAGCUCAACGGCAAGUAUGUAGAGGAUGAGCUGAAAAGAGUUGUCUUUGUUGCCCUACUAUGUGCUCACAAUCAACCAGAGAGAAGACCUACUAUACUGGAAGUGGUAGAGCUUUUGAAGGGAGAAUCAAAAGAGAAGUUAGCUAAACUAGAAACUGAUGAACUAUUUAAGAAUCACCAGGCUGCAGACUUAAAUGAUGGGACAUCGGGAGCUGAAGACAGCUCAGAUUUCAUCUCAGAAGAAAAAGAUGACAAGGUGGAUUCAAAGGAGGCUGCGCCUGGCAUUGCACAUAUUGGCUGAGAAAGUGUGGUAACAUGUAAAUGUGGGUGUGGAUUUAGACUUAAGACUUAAAGGUGGCACUGGCUAUCCUGUCAAUUUAUUAGAAUGGCCAGGUUGAUAGCUAGCCUUUUCAUUUAAAACUUUUGUUUGGGUGAGUGCCUGUGUUAUGUGUGCAUUCCUCGUUUGCCUUUGGCCCCUUUCUUUUGUGGUUUGUAAUGAGCAUUUGAAUGACAUCAAAACUGUUUUUAGUGUUCAUCGGCAGUCAUCAUGUUAGUUUGGUGACCUAGUGCAGCAAUACAAAAACGGAAAGAUUUGCAUUG